AGGAAGGAAAGAGUCAGGCAGCUGGUUAGAAGAGUUCCUCUUCUUCAGGGGCUUCCAGUAUGACAUUCGCAUGACGGAAAUCAGACACCAGUUUGCAAAGGCCACACAAUUUGUGUUUGUGUGUUUGGAAAGGAGAUCAUCUAUCUGCAAACUGUGGCAACUGGAAGAUGCCAUGACCCCAUUUCUUAUAGUGCUGCUGUUUCUUGGACUAAGCCCAAACCUCUGGAACCCAGCUUCAGCAGGGGCCAUCUCUAAACCUACACUGAGAGCAGAGCCAGGAAAUGUGGUAGCCACUGGGAAGCAGGUGGCAUUCUUCUGUGAAGGGCCCUCAGAGGCCAAAGAAUAUCGUCUCUACAAAGUAGGAAGUCAAGACUACCUGAUACCAACAGCCCUUCUAGAAACUGAGAAUAAGGCCAAGUUUUCUAUGUCUUCAGUUCAAUGGAACAAUGCAGGCCAAUAUUGGUGUUCUUAUACAAGCACCAGUGGCUCAUUAGAAAAAAGUGACACCCUAGAGCUGGUGGUGACAGGAGUUAACCUCAGCAGUGUCGCUCUGUCAGCCAUUCCCAGCCCUGUGGUGACUGCAGGGGUGCGAGUUACCCUUCAGUGUCAGUCACAACAACCGUACAGUAUGUUCAUUCUAAUGAAGGACGGUGAGAAGCUCUCGAGUCCUGAACUCUCACUGAAAAUAUCCUCUGACAUAUUUAGAGCCACGUUCUUGGUGGAUCCUGUGACCCCCAACAAGAGGUGGAGGUUCUCAUGCUAUGGUUAUUCCUUGAGCAGCCCUCAGCUGUGGUCGGUUCCCAGUAACCAACUGGAGCUCCUGGUAUCAGGGACUCUUGACAAGCCCACCAUAUGGGCUGAGCCAGGUUCUGUGAUCACCUCAGGGAGUUAUGUUACCAUCUGGUGUAAGGCAAAACUAACAACCCUAAUCUAUGUGAUAUAUAAAGAGGGAAGCCCAGAUCCUUGGGACCAACAGAACCAAAUAGUCUACAAUAAUAAUGCAAAACUCACCAUUUCUUCUAUGACAGAAUUGAAUGCAGGGAGAUAUCACUGCUACUCCUACACCUCUUCUGGAUGGACAGAACGCAGUAACACCUUAGAGUUGGUGGUGACAGGAGUCUACAAUAAACCUAUACUGUUGCCACUACAAGACCCUGUUGUGACUGUAGGAAUGACUGUGACACUUUCUUGUACCUCAAAUCAUUCAUACAACUGGUUCAUUGUAACUAAGGAUGAUCAGAAGUUCUUGCGCAGUGAGCGUUCACAAGAUAAAGACACUGGGUUAUUUUUUGCCAAGUUCCAAGUGACACCAAUGGCCUUCAGCCAAAGGUGGAGGUUCAGAUGCUAUGGCUCUUACAGAAGUAAUCCUCAGGUGUGGUCAGAAGGGAGUGACCUUUUGGAACUUCUGAUCUCAGGAAAACUCAAGAAACCCAUUUUGAGGGCUGAGCCGGGAUCUGUGAUUGCCUCAGGGAAUAGUGUGACAAUUGUGUGUGAGGGGACCACGGGAAACCAACCAAUGUAUUUCCUCUAUAAAGAAGGAAACCCAGCACCCUGGGACAGUCAAACCCCAAUAGAUCCUGGUAACAAGGCCAUGUUCUCAAUAGCAUCCAUGGAACAGCAUCAUGCAGGAAAAUAUCGCUGUUACUCUUACACCUCUGCUGGCUGGACAGAGCGCAGUGAUCCCCUGGAGCUGGUGGUGACGGGUGUUCACCAUGGUAAACCUACUCUGUCAGCUUUGCCCAGCCCUGUGGUGACCCCAGGUGGGAAUGUGACCCUUAAGUGUGUCUCAUCUAAAGGAUAUGAUUGGUUCAUUUUGACUGGGGCAGAUCAAAAUUUCUCCAGGUCCCUAAAGGCACAGCUUACACAUAAUGGACAGUCCCUAGCUCUGUUUCCUGAGAUCACUGUGGCGUCCAGCAAGAGUGGGCCCUUCAGAUGUUAUGGACGUUAUACAAAUUCUACCCAUGUGUGGUCGGAGGCCAGUGACCCUUUGGAGAUACAUGUCUCAGGACUGUCAAAGAAGCCUUCCUUGUUGAUCCACAAAGGCCCUCUCCUGACACCUGGAGAGAAGCUCAUCUUCAAGUGUUCCUCUGAGAUAAGUUAUGACAGAUUUGCUCUCUUUAAGACGGGGGGAAGUGGCCUCACCCAGGCCUCUGUCCAUCAGUCUCAGGAUGGAGAUUUUCAUGCCAAUUUUACCUUAGGCUCUGUGAAUUCCUCCAUUGCUGGUCAGUAUAGAUGCCUUGGUGCACACAGUUCCUCCUUUGAGUGGUCAGCCCCCAGCGAUCCAUUGGACAUCCUGAUCACAGGGUACCCUGCUGUUGCACCAAAUCUCUCUGUGCAUCCAGGCACUACUGUUUCCUUAGGAGAGAAUGUGACCUUGCAGUGUCAAUCAUCAGUCCCAGUGGAUACUUUCCUUCUAUUCAAGGAAGGUGCAGCCCAUCCCUAUUUGCAUCAAAAAUCACAGUUUCAAGAUUUAAAAAAUCAGGCAGAAUUCUCCAUGAGUGCUGUGACCUCAGCUCUUGGGGGAUCCUAUGUAUGCUUUGGUUCCCAAAGCUCAUCCCCUUACCUGUUGUCACACCCCAGUGUCCCUGUGGAGAUCAUAGUUUCAGGACUGGCAAGGUACCAAAAGGCUGUGAUUGGCAUCUCUGUGGCCUUCUUUCUACUGCUCCUCUUCCUCACCAUCUUCCUUAUCCUCAGAUUCAGGCAUCAGAACAAAGACAGGAAGGGAGUCCGGACAGAGACUCAUUUGCAACAUCAUGCAGAUUCAGUGACCAGGGACAAAAGCCACCAGAAGAGCUCCAAGCCAGCUCCUGCUAUCCAGGAAGAAGUCUUAUAUGCCACUGUGAAGGUCACACAGCAUGCAGACAGCAUGGAGCUGGAUGUUCUGAAAAAACAUGAAAAAGACUCCUCCAAAGACUUGUAUGCCCAAGUGAAACCAUGUAGAAUCAGAAGGCCAGAGACCACCUCUUCUUCCCUCAUGCCAAAGGAAUUACUGGACUCAAAUGACACACAGGGCAAAGGAGGCCAAGUGCAGGUUGGGCAGGUGGGUCUUAAUAGCUUUAGUCACCCAGGCUCCUAGUUCCCAAUAUAAACC